AUGGUUCGGCAGUGAAUCGCAGUAGGCUGCUUGUGUGAGCACGUGUCGCGUGAUCGUCGUUACAUUUCCUCGGGUUGCUUCGGUCGGCGGAUCUUCGUCGGGCGAACAUUUUUUGGAGCGCCGGAACACUUGUGUUGAUUCAUCGUGAUUCGCGAAAAAAAAAACAUGUGUCGAAUUUGACAGCGUUUUAUGGCACGACGGUUAAGUGAGCGUUUUGUUUUUUGCUUUCACGCGGGAACGAUGUUUACUCUGGUCAGUGAUCGGUGAGGAUCGCAGACGAUCGAAUGAAAAACUGCGAAUUCAAUGGUUAUCCGGUAGCUUCCAGUAGUUUUCGUAAAACUACAAAACAUCUAUCAAAACAGAAAAAAAUAGUUUUGCACAACCAAAUUGCAAAACCCAAUUAUAACAAUGUGUACUUAGUGCAAGGAAAAAAAGAAGUUAAAAGUUUACAUAUCAAAGUGUUACAAAUCUGUUUUAAGUUCAAAAGUGCUAAUAUAGAAGUUUAAAAAAUAGGCGAGCCCUACCCAAGCAAAAUGACCCACGGACCACCUGCCUCGCGGAAGCGUCCCCAAAACGGAACCACUCCGGCCACGGAGGAGCACGAGGGACCGCAGGACAGCGGUCUCCCGCCACCACCCGAUGGCGGCUGGGGCUGGAUGGUGGUGCUGGCCUCGUUCAGCAUACACAUUGUCACUGACGGCAUGACCUACUCGUUUGGAAUUUUCUACGACGAGUUUCUGGACUACUUCAAAGAGGGCAAAGGCUACACGGCAUGGAUUGCUUCGAUCCUGGUAGGCGUCACACUCUGCUCAGGUCCCGUUUCGUCCUCGCUGGUCAACCGGUACGGCUGCAGGGCCGUCACGAUCGCCGGCUCGAUCCUGGCCUCGGCCUGCCUCGCGCUGAGCGUGUUUGCCAAGAGCGUCACGAUGCUGUUCCUCACGAUUGGCCUGGGCACGGGGCUUGGCCUGGGGCUGAUCUACCUGCCGGCCAUCGUCAGCGUGACGAUGUACUUCGAAAGACUGAGAUCCCUGGCCACGGGCAUUGCCGUGUGCGGUUCCGGCCUGGGGACGUUCAUAUUUGCUCCGCUGACGGAGAUUCUGAUCAAGCGGUUCGGGUGGCAGGGGGCGCUGCUGGUGAUUUCGGUGAUCGUGCUGGGGUGUAUCGUGUUUGGGGCGAUGUUUAGGCCGUUGGUGGCGGAACCUGCGGUUCCGGAAGCGGUUCCGAUGACGACGGUGGUGGCUCCGGGAUCGAAUGGAAAGUUGAAUGGAAGCGUGAAGGACGCCGAGCAGGGCCUAGUGCGAUCGCACAGUUUUGGAAAUUCGCCGAAAAUUGCGCUCAAUUCGAAUGGUCACUCUACGAGCAGUAACAGCAUGAAUCGCAAAACGAGCCAAGGAGAUGACAGCAUCCGGCUGGCCCUGAGUCAACCCUUGCUGCAUCCCACGGGCGAUCAACCGGCAAUGAAGCGCGCUGAGAGUGGAACCAUGUACCGGAAGGACGCUUUGUACACGGGAUCCGUGCACAAUAUCAGCUCGCGCCAUCCGUCCCACGGAAGUCUGGCACUGCACGAGAAGGGACGCUACGGGUCGGUCCAAAGCAACGGCGGCAAAGGACUUCCGGUGGACGAGGAAGGGGCGGUUUGUUGUGGUUGUAUCCCGUGCUCGAAGGAAACUUCCGACACCUUCCAGGAGAUGAUGAACUUUUCGAUUCUGAAAGAUCCGAUCUUUAUCAUCUUCACCGUGUCGAACUUUCUUACGAGCAUUGGCUUCAACAUCCCGUACGUGUAUCUGGCCGCCCAGGCCAAGGUUCUGGACAUUGAUCGCGAACACGCCAGCUACCUGCUCGGAGUCAUUGGGAUCGCCAACACGAUCGGACGAAUCGUCCUCGGCUAUCUGUCGGACAAACCGUGGGUAAAUCGCCUUCUGGUGUACAAUCUUUCGCUCACAAUUUGUGGAUUAGCCACUGCCUUCUCCGUGCUGUGCCUCGACUUUUACAGUCUCGCCACGUACUCGGCGAUCUUCGGUUUCACGAUCGGGGCCUACGUCGGGCUGACCUCGGUCAUCCUGGUCGACCUGCUGGGGCUGGAGAAGCUGACGAACGCGUUCGGACUGCUGCUGCUGUUCCAGGGCAUCGCGUCCUUCCUGGGGCCGCCGCUGGCUGGUUGGCUCUACGACAUCACCUACUCAUACAAUCCGGGCUUUAUCCUAGCCGGUUCCACGAUAGCCAUCAGCGGUGCCAUGCUGUUUGCCAUCCCGCCGCUGCAGCGAUAUUUGGCGCGAAAACAUCAGCAGGCGACGACGACGUCCCAGCAACAGCAAUCAUCUUCCAGCUGAAAACACAAAACGCCAUCUUCCAAAGAGAGACAAACAAAAACAAACAAAACUAAACCAAGUAUGCUCAAAUACUAAUAAACAAACACACACACACACACACUACUGUUACAGGAACUAACAAUACCAAUAGAGAGAGAGAGAGGUUAACAAUUUGAAGUGCGCGCGCCGGCGAUUAAAAGCUUCCUGUGAUAGAUUGAUGCGUGCUCGGAGCUUAAUUGUUAUCAUCCAAGUAGGCCCGUUUAAACUUUUUUUUUUUUCAAAUAACCUAGCUUGUAAGUGAAUGCCAUCAAACUAAAACAAAAAACUAAGCCAGAAAGAAUGGACGAACAUAUCGAGAAAACAAAAAAAAAAUAAUGGUGCAAAACGUAUAGCGAAAUUUAAGUGAGCGGGACCCAACUUUUUACGAGGGACCACACAGUAAGUAAGUAAACUAAAGUGCCGGAAAGCGCGGUGCUUUUGAUUAGUGCUCGGUAGAAUGACUGAAAAGAAAGAAAAAAACGAGCCGAAUGAAACGUGCGACAGAGAUUGUGUUAACAGAGUUUUUCCUUUUUACAUUUUUUUGCCAAGAGUUGCUGUCACUAACGAUGCAAAUUUCCAUGUUGAGUUUCGUUUUUUCUUGAGAUAAUACAAAUUAUAACGAUUA